AUGGAAAAUAACACAGAUCAUUCUGAACAAAACAACUUUAGUCCUAUAACUGUGCAGGACGUAGAUGUAGAUUUUUUACCGAUUGUUUACGAAAUCAUACGAAGUGUUGAGAGGGACUUCCAUGACAACUCUGCAAAGGCCAGGGAGUCUCAAGACUGCAGUCAGAGGGUGCUCGAGCUGCAAAAGAAGUUCGACAUAGCUCGUACGCAGAUAAAGCGUUUGCCCGGAAUCGAUUACAACAAGCAAGAUCAGUUGAAACAGUUUGAAAUACUGAGAACACAGCUGAGGUUGAAGCGAGAGCUUUUACAGAAGUAUCGGAAUAUGUGUUCAUUUGAAACUUCAUUCAAGUGA